CAGGUAGUGCCCAGGCACGCUCCAGAUGGAGCAUAGCAACAGUGGAUGCCUGGAGUGACCCACCCUGCGACCAGCCGUGUCCGUGCUCCAGAGCUCAAGCCCGGCAGAGUCUGCACCUUGUCUCGGGCAAGCCCUGGGGGCUCAGGCGUCAGACUGGAGGCACUCUCAUGAGAGGUGCCCUGUAGCUGGGGUCGCAGCAGUUGCAGGAGUGACCUUGGGGGAUCAGAGCCUGCGCUGGGCUCCACAUUGUCCAGGGAUGUUCGGAGCUGGGGCUUCUCUGGUUUUUCUGCAACAGAUCACAGUGGGAGGGUCAGGAAGGGCGCUGAGGAGCCUCCUACCUGCCCACCCAGGUAGGCCUGCCACACCUGGUAUAGCACAGAGUGUAGUGCAGAGGAGCGCAUGUGCAGCAGGCAGCAUCCAGUGGUGGGUGGCCACCUGCUGCAGGCCCAGGCGAGCUUGUGGGCGCAGCUGGAGCAGGCCUCGGAUCAAGUCCUGGCACUCUGUGGGCGAGGACUCAAGGCUGCAGCCUCACGGUAGCGGCCCCCUCCCGCCACCUCUCGUGCCCCCAGCCCACGGCCCUCACAGCCAACGAUUCUGGCCACUUGGUGGGGUUGCCCCAUGCAGUCUUCCCAAAUGGCUAGAGGGUGUCCGUGUUUUGCACGUGGGCAGACAGGCAGAGAGAGGUGAGGCAGCCUGACCUAGGGCUCGUUCAGGGUUCAAGCUUAAUGGGGCCACCAACUCCAGUUUCCCCCGUCACCACAGUCCAUCCCCCAGCCUGGGCUGGCAAAGAGGCCAGGUCAGCAUCCCCCAUGCCACAGUGCAUGUGGCCCUUCUCUGGACCUAGGUCUGUCUUGCUGUCCCCUCUCCAGGCACGGCUGGGACUUGGGAGGGACAUGUGGUGGAGGUGCUCACCUGGGGACAGGCCUGGCCGGAAGGUGGGGCCCCGGCGCAUCAGAUACAGCAUUCGGUGGGGCUGGCACUCCUUGAAGGGCAGCUUCCCAGUCACCAUGGCGUAGAGGAUGACACCUCUGGGGGUAUGGGCUUCUCAGGGCCCACCCCUCCUCCCCGGCCCCUGCCCCUCUUCCCCCCCAGGGUCCUGGAGCCCCUGGGGUGGUGCUCACAGGCUCCACAGGUCGGCCUGCUCCCCGUUGUACUUCUUGCUCAUGAGGAUCUCUGGGGCUGUGUAGGCCACAGACCCGCAGAAGGUGCUCAGCAAUGAGUUCUUGAGCCCGGAACGAUUGGCAAAGCCAAAGUCUGCAAGGGACGUGCAGGGCGGACGGGCGGGUUGCUCAAGAGAGGGCUCCUGAGGGGGCUGUGGGCACGGGGCGUGUGGGUAACUAUAAGUCUGGCUGUGGGCAACUGUUGGGUGCAGGCCUCACUGGAGGCUUGAAGGACAAGGCAGACUGGGGUCAGAAGUCUGGAGCAGACCAGUGUAGAGGCUGGAGCCCUGGGCUUGGGGCAAGAGGGGGGUAUGUGCGACCCGGGGAAGUUGAAGGUGAUCAGAGCUGGCCCAGGCUGGAAGCCUAGUUGGGGGCCGGGCCGCAGGCUCACCACUCAGCUUUAGGCAGCCUCUGUCAUCUAGCAGGACGUUCUCACACUUCAAGUCCCUGUGUGGGGAAGGGGAGGCGGGGCUGGACCUGAGCUCAGGCAGGUCUCCACGCGCUGGGCAGCAGGCUGGGUGGCGCCCUCACCGGUGCACGAUGCCUGAGUUGUGGCAGUGCGCCACGGCACUGACCAGCUGCCACAACAGCCUGCGGGCCUCCUCCUCCUCCAGUCCCGGGCAGCGGUGAUGAGCAGACAUGGUGUUGAUGUGCUCCAGCAGGUCACCGCGGGCCGCCAGCUCCAGUACCAAGUAGGUGCGCCGGCUGUUCGCGAAGGUCUCAUACAGCUGCACCUGCCGGGCCACCCCCCCACUGUCACCCCCAACCAGGGCCCUCGGGUGCACAGGGCUGGGGUCUCGGAAUGGGGCCGGCCCGAGUAUAAGGAUCCCAGGAGGUGAAGGGGUGGGCCUGGGGUAGGUAGGAAGGGCCGGCUGCCUGGGGUCUCUGCCCACCACGUUCAGGUGCUUGUACGUAGCAUUGAGUGAUGAAAUCUCACGGGGCAGGAACUUGCGGGAGAACUCUGCAGGGGCCUCCGCAGUGGAGACGAUCUUGAUAGCCACCUGCAGGUGUGGAGGGUGGCCACUGUGCAAAGGCCACAAUCCCCCUGGGGACAGGAUGUGCUAGAACAGGCCCCGUGGCCUUUGUGCAUGUGGCCGAAGUUGACCAGGGCAAGGUUCGGUGAGCAGCAGCCUUGGGAGGCAGCACUGACCUUCCCCCUCAUCCCAUCCUGGUUACUUAUGUGUUCAACGGGUCCAGGAACUGAGAGGGAUCAGACUGCCAGAGCCUGGGCCUUCUGGAAGACGUGGGACUAGGAGGAAGCCAGAGCACCUGGGAGGUGCCUGAGUGGAGUUAGGACAGGGGCCACUGGGGCUGACUAUGGAACCCCCACCCCGUGGGGAGGAGGCGAGCCUGCCUCACCAUGGUGUGGCGCUUGCCCCUCAGGUCAGAGGCCAGCUUGGAGUUGUGCCGCAUGCGCUCCUGCGUGGCGUAGGCCAAGUAGACUUUGGAGAAGACCCCAGAACCAAUCUUCUUGGAGGACAGCAGGUAGCCAUUGUCCCUGCAUUCACGCACCUGCUCCAGAAAGGCUCUCUGGUCCAGCUUCUGCCUGCCGGCAGCCUUCAUAAAAUUCAGGGCUCUGUGGGAGAGCUGGGGCUACCCAGCACCCCGCAGGGCCGUGGGGAGGGGCUCUGGGAGGUUCAGCUGAGGCCUGACUUGUGUUAGAGGGAUGGGGGGAUGGGUUGUAGACGGAUGGAGCAAUGCGCUGUGGAGUGAUGGGGUGAUGUACUGCAGGAGGCCAGCUGGGGCCUACAGGCCCUCAAGGCUGCAGCCAAGUUUCUGAAGCCUCUCUGGGACAGGAGCAGAGAUGGGGAGGGAGGCUAACACAGCCACACAACCAUGGGCUGGCAUGGGGUUGGACAGGCUCUGGGAAAGCAGGAGCAGAUUCUAGAAUGGAAGGUUCUAGAGCUGUGCUUGCAUUGUGCCCUCAAAGGGGUAUCCUUCUAUUCCCCAGGCAUUGCUUGCCCUGAGAACAUCUUGCUGGAACCAGCCCUGCCCUGUGUGAGGCCCACUCCAUGGGGUGAGAACCCCAAGGGCCACAGACAGCCCUUUUAUGGUUUUGGCUGUGUGGCGCAGCGUGGGGGAUCCUAGUUCUCCAACCAGGAACUGAACUCGGACCCAGCACUGAAAGAACAAGUCCUAACCACUGGACCGCCCACCUCAAAGAGGGCAGCGUGUGUGCGUGCUUGGGAGUGAAAAAGUUCAGCUGAGCCUGGGGAAGGCAGGACCAGUGGGGUGUCCUGAACCCUGGCCAUGGGGACAUCAACGGGAGAGUGAGCCAUCCAGGUCUGAAGAGAGGCAUCCGGGUUCACACCAGGAGGCGAAAAGAAGCUCGUGCCACAGUGAUGAGUGAGACCUACGCGAAGAGGCUGUCCGCCAUCCUGCUGGACGCUGUCACUGACAAGGACCCUCAGAUGCAGGAGCAGGUAUGUGGCGCCCUGUGCGACUUCGGAGAGUCGAAGCCAGCAGAGGUUCUUAGCGCCUGCGAGGAGCACCUGCGGCUACAGGAAAAGCUAGCUCAUCCAUACCGGACGAUAAUCCUAAGGGCCAUGGAGAUAGUUGUGAGCAAUCACAUCGGCGAGCUGGACAAGGACAUGGCCAGGGCCAUCAUCCUCCUGGCCUCCAAUGAGAUGACCAAAGUGAAGGAGCUGGUCUCUGAUUGGCAGCAAGCCGCCAGCAGCGUCCUGGUGGCAGUGGGGAGGCGGUUCAUCAGCAGCGUAAUGGAGGAGCUGCUGAGCAAGUUCCAGCCUGGGCUCCUGCCGCACCCCUGCACCGUGCACACGCUCGCCAGCCUCUCCGUCUCCAAUGUGUUUGGCGUGGUGCCCUUCCUGACGUCCAUCCUCAGCACCAUGCUGCCCAUGCUGGGCGCAGCCAAGCACGACUCAAUGAAAGUGGUGUUCUGCUGUGCCCUGCAGCGCUUCAGUGAGAGUAUCCUAGAAUACUUGGCCAACCUGGAUCAGGCCCCAGACCCCACAGUCAGAAAGGACGCCUUCGCCUCAGACAUCUCUGGUGCUUACGACAUCCUUUUCCACCAGUGGCUACAGAGCCGGGGAGCGAAGCUGCAGCUCGCAGUGGUGGAGGCCCUGGGGCCCAUGAGCCACCUGCUUCCCAGCGAGAAGCUGGAGGAGCAGCUCCCCAAGCUGCUGCCCAGGGUGCUUGCCUUCUACAAGAAGCACGCCGAGACCGUCCACGUGUCCAAGAGCCUCGGCCAGAUCCUGGAGGCAGCCGUGAGUGUGGGCAGCCGCACUCUGGACAUCCACCUCAACUCUCUCCUUGCCGCUCUGCAUGCUCAGAUCUGCGUGCCCGUGGAGUCGUCCAGCCCGCUGGUGAUGAGCAACCAGAAGGAGGUGCUGCGCUGCUUCACCGUGCUGGCCUGCUGCUCGCCGGACCGCCUGCUGGCCUUCCUGCUGCCCAAGCUGGACACCAGCAAUGAGAGGACUCGUGUGGGCACCCUGCAGGUCCUGAGGCACGUCAUCAAUGCAGCGGCUGCUCAGAUGGAAGUUAAGAAACCCAUCAUUCUCUCUUCCAUGAAGCUCCCUCUUCUGGACACCAACAACAAGGUGAAGCGGGCGGUGGUGCAGGUGGUCAGUGCCAUGGCCCACCACGGCUACCUGGAGCAGCCUGGCGGCAAGGCCAUGGUCGAGUACAUCGUGCAGCAGUGCGCUCUGCCCCCCGAGGCUGAGACUCAGAAGCUGGGUGCCGACAGUGAGGCCCUGGCAGCCGAUAGCGUGAGGGCCAUCAGCGUCAGCACUCUCUACCUGGUCAGCACCACUGUGGACAGGAUGGGCGAGGUCCUCUGGCCGUACCUGCUUGAGUUCCUGGUCCCCAUUCGCUUCACCAGGGCGCUGAGCCCACUCUGCAGGAGCCUUGUGCACUUGGCCCAGAAGAGGCAGGAGGCGGGGGCCCAUGCUCCCCUCAUCCAGUACAACGGCAAUGUGCACCUCCCAUCUCCCUACGCCAUCACCACCAGACUCCUGGCCGUGUCUUCCCAUCCCUACGUGGGGGACGGUCGCGGGGCAGCCUCGCUGCGCCUCUUGAAUGUCUUGCAUCAGGACAUCCACCCGGCCCUGGGUCAGCGGUGGGUGACCGCCAUCCCCCUGCUGCUGAAGCACCUGGACGAAUACAGUGAAGAAACCCUGUCACAGAAGGAGUGGGAAGAAAAGCUGCUGGUGUUUCUCCGGGAUUCCCUGGCUGUCAUGUCUGACAACACCUGGGUCUGCCAGCUGACCCUGGAAAUGUGCAAGCAGCUACCCAACUACAACGGGACGCCCCUGGAGAAGAACUUCCUGUACAAAUGUGUCGGGACCACCCUGGGUGCCGCUUCAAGUAAGGAGGUGGUGAGGAAGCACCUGCAGGAGCUGCUGGAGACGGCCAGAUACCAGGAGGAGAGGGAGCAUGAGGGCCUUGCCUGUUGCUUUGGGAUCUGUGCCAUCUCCCACCUGGAUGACACCUUGGCCCAGCUGGAAGACUUUGUGAAGUCAGAUGUACUCAGAAAAUCUGCCGGCAUUUUCAACCUUUUUAAGAAUCGAAGUGAGAGUGAGGCCAACAAAGUGAGGAGUGCGCUGAUCCUGUGCUACGGGCACGUGGCGGCCGGGGCCCCGCGCGAGCUGCUGCUGGCCAGGGUGGAGGCGGACUUGUUCUGGAACAUGUCCCAGUGCUUCAGCACCAAGGUUCUGGGGAUAAAGGUAGAAACCCAGGACCCGGCCCUGAGACUGAGCCUGGUGCAGAGUGUGUGCAUGGCCACCCAGGCCAUCUGCAGCAGCACCCACGGCAGCUCCUUCCACCUCUCGAGGAAGGCGGAGCUGGUGGCGCAGAUGGUGGAGUUCAUCAAAGCGGAGCCCCCAGACUCGCUGAGGACGCCCAUUUGGAAGAAGGCCAUGCUUGCCUGCACGUACCUGGUUACCCUGGAGCCGGCCCUGGAGGAGCCCGUGCAGGCGGACCUGAUUCACAGCUGCCUGCACCGUGUCAUGGCCGUGCUGCCGGAGCCAGAGGAGGGGGACAGCCCCCAGGAGCUCCUGUACCUGGACACCGUGCAGGUCCUCAAGGACUUGUUGACGAGCCUCCUUCAGUGGAACAUGACGCCCCAGGGUCUGCAGGUCAUGGUGGAGCACCUGAGCCCAUGGAUCAAGUCCCCGAGGGGCCACGAGCGGGUGCGGGCGGUCGGCCUGAGUGCCUGCCUGCUGCAGUUCUUCCUACAACACCUGCAGAUCAGCGCCCUGGUGCCCUUCCACAACCUGGGCCUCCUCAUUGGCCUCUUCUCCCCACGGUGCGCCGACCUCUGGCCUGCCACUCGCCAAGAGGCUGUGAGCUGCGUCCACUCCCUGCUAUACCUGCAGCUGGCCUGUGUGGGCUUCUCGCGAGACUACCAGGACGACAUGGCUGAGCAGCUCCUCAGCCUCAAAGAUGGCCUGGUGCACCCUGACCCUGCCAUUCUCUUCCAUACCUGCCACAGCAUUGCCCAGCUUAUUGCCAAGCGCCUCCCGCCAGAUCAGCUCAUCAACCUCUUGCUAACCUUGUUUGAGAGCCUGGGAGAUCCCGACAAGAACUGCUCGCGAGCCGCCAGCGUCAUGAUCAACUGCCUGCUGAAGGAGCGGGGCAACAUGCUGCAGGAGAAGGUGCCCGAGAUUGUGAGCGUGCUGCGCUCCAAGCUGCAGGAGACCCGAGAGGAGCAUGUCCUACAGGCCGCACAGCACAGCGUGUUUGCCCUGGCCACCCACCACUGUGCUGCUGUGGUGUCCAACCUUCUGGGCAGCCCCCUGCCCUUUGACAGCCACACCUGCACCCUGUGGCGAGCACUGGCCUUGGAGCCCGGCCUCGCCGCACAGGUCCUGGGGCUGCUCCUGGAGAAGAUAAACAAGGACAUCCUGUUUGAGGAGAGCCAGGCCUUCCUGCUGAGCAGCACGCCGGACCGCGUGGCCACCCUGCUGCCCCUCGCAGCCACCUGUGCACUGCACGAGGUCGCAUCUGCCCCGGCGUCCGGGCCAGCAGUGCUGGAGCUCUACCCCCAGCUGCUUGUGGCACUGCUGCUGCGGGUCAGCUGCACCAUGGGUGUCCAGCCGCCCCCGCAGCUGCAGGCCAAGGAGAGGAGGAGCGUCAGCUCGGGCCUGGCCUCACGGAGCCUCGAGCCUUGCAGCUCUGCGGUGGAUGCGCUGCAGGCUGUGCUUGUCCGCGGUGGCAACGAGGAUGUGGUGCAGCGCAUGGAGCUGGACGGGGGCUGGCAGCUGCUCAGGACCUCGGCUGGGCAUGAGGAAGGCGUCACCCGGCUGGCCAGUGCCAUGGCAAGGUUCGCAGGCCCCCGGCUGCCCCUGGUGAUGAAGCUGCUCUUCACCACACAGAGUAGCAUGUAUGAGGUCCAGAGGGUCACCUCCACCGCCUUCCUGGCUGAGCCAUGUCCCCUCAGUGACCAGGGACCGGUGCUGCCCGGUGCAUUUGGGGGUGUGUGGUGGUCAGCACGCCUCUGCCCCCAGCUGCUCAGCAGCAAUGUGGUGAACGACCUGAUGCUCCUGGAGUCGCUGCUGUACAACCUGAUGGCACAGCAGAAGGACACGAGUGCCCGCGUGCGGAGGCUGGUGCUCCACGGCCUGGCCAACAUCACCUUGGGCUCCCCAGAUAAGGUACGGACCCACAGCCCCCAGCUCCUGACAGCCAUGAUCGGUGGGCUGGAUGACGGGGACGACCCACACAGCCUGGUGGCGCUGGAAGCCAUGGUGGGCCUGACAAGGCUGAUGGACCUGGUGGACGCCUGGGACCUACAUGCAGUGCUGCUGCACAUUGCUGUCCGCAUUCGGCCCUUCUUUGACAGCGAAAGGAUGGAGUUACGCUCAGUGUCCAUUGGCCUCUUCGGGCACCUCAACAAGGCCUGCCGUGGGGACUGCAAGGACGUGUUCCUGGAGCAGGUUGUGGGCGGCCUGGUGCCCCUUCUGCUGCACCUGCGUGACCCCCACGCACCCGUGGUCACGGCCUGCAGGUUCGCCUUGCGCAUGUGCGGCCCCAACCUGGAGUGUGAGGAGCUGGCAGCCGCCUUCCAGAGGCACCUGCAGGAAGGCCACGACCUGCACUUCGGAGAGUUCCUCAACACCACCUGCAAGCACCUGAUGCGCCACUUCCCCGACCUGCUGGGCCGCUUGCUAAGCACCAGUCUGUUCUACUAUAAGAGCAGCUGGGAGGAUGUCCGUGCUGCUGCCCCCAUGCUCACAGGGUUCUUGGUGCUACACAUGGAGGCUGAGCAGCGGCCACAGGUGGACCUGGAGCAGCUCCUCACGGCACUCCAGCUGCUGCUCAAGGACCCAGCCCUUAAGGUGCGCUUGAAGGCUGUGAAGACUCUGGGCCGCUUGGUGAAGUUCGCCUGAGGCUGCCCCAACACCCAAUACCAGCCUAGCUGGCUGGAGGGUCCAAGACAAGGCCCUAAGGAGUCCCCUGCCCACAGGGCCACAGGGGAGGCCUUGGGCCCACACAGCAAGGGAGGGCUGGAACACAAGGGUGGUCAAGUCACCAACCCCCAUCUUCCCAAUAAAGCCAUUUGCUGCUCA